UGUAGAAAGGACUAAACAUGAAGAAAGCUAUACUCAGGGGGUCCAAAGGAAACCAUGUCCGAGAGGUGUCGUGUGCUGAUUUUUGAGGUUUUCCAGCAUUGACUCAAAUCACGACUCCAAACAAUCAACACACGGCUCCAGAGAUGCUUAAAUUCUACAAACAGAUUCGAAUCGUCCACUGGAUCUGAUAAUCUGUACACAAGUUAUCGAAUUUCAAGUUAUCUUUAUCAUGAUACGCUAGCGAAUUGAAGGUGUUUUCAAUCGAAUGCAAUGAAUCGCAUGUUUUCUAGGGCUUUAAUUUGCAAAUUGCUGUUCAUUGUUCUGUUGUUUGGAUCGAGUGAUAGCAAUUUGUUUGAUCAAGCACCUGCUAGACGGUCUUUGUUGUCGUUCCCGGAUACUCAUGACACAGCACUUGUUGCUACCUUGGAUGGUACAAUCAAUUUGGUGUAUCGUGAUUCCGGGAGAAUAAUUUGGUCAUUUGCAUCAGGGCCCCCAAUUUACUCUUCAUACCAAGCUCCUAUAAACCAUGAUGAUGAUAAGGAAAAUGCAUCUUCAUCUUCAUCUUCAUCUGGAGGCAGUUAUUAUAUAGACUGCGGGGACGAUUGGAAGUUGUUUGCACAUACAGAUCUUGGCAAACAGGCUAUGGAUAUGAGUAUGGAGGAGUUCAUCAGAAUCAUGCCACAUGUAUCAGAGGACGGAGGAGUUAUUCUCGGAUCGAAAAAGACAACCGCAUUUGUCGUUGAUGCUAAUAGCGGAAGGAUAAUAAGAGUUCAUCAUAGCUCACCCGAUACUGCACACACACCAGUAAUCAAUGCCACAUCAGAUUCCAUCAUCCGAAAAACCAUCAAGAAACAUGAAAAGCCCGAUAAGCAGCUCUCGUUCACAAGAACAGAUUAUGUACUGACAACGUUUGCUCCGAAUUCUGACAAAGUUUUGUGGAAUGUGACGGUAGCAGACAUCGAUGUCGCUUUGCUUUGUCAAGAAAAUGCUAAUUCAAUAGCGGGCCCGUCUAUGUCCCCACGUAUAGAUAUCGGUUCCAAAUCGCAUGACAAAUUUAAUAUGCCGUUAUCAUGCCAAUCAAAAGCCGUUGUUCAUCGGUUACGCAUCCCUCGUGAUAUGGAUGCUUUUCAAAUAAGCGGCAAGCAGUCAGAACCUAAAGCUCCGAUAUUAAUACUCCCCCCAAACGAGCCUUUACUACCGAAUUCCGAAAAAUCUCGAAAAUAUUCUCGUGAUAAUGACUUUGAGACCCAAACCGUGUUUUCAUUGCCUAGCGUGGAACCGGGACUUGAAAUUCCGGGCCCGCAAGAUGUAAAAAAGCAUGUAGUCUCUGAAAGGCGAAUAGCAUUUGUCAUAAUUUCGGCUCUUAUUAUUGUGAUUGGAUUUCUUAUGUAUCGCCACCAUAUUUUGACGUCUGUGACGCUGAACAAAAACGCAAAGUCUUCAUCGUCUAGAAAGAAAAGACAUCGGAAAUCCGGGAAGAGUUACGGGAACGAGGACGGAAAUGGAAAUGCAGAGGGUGACGUUGAAAAAAGUUUAUUAAAGUUUAAUGAUUUAGUCGAAUGUGAUAUGGAAGGGCGCACGAUCGGUAAAUUAUUUGUAUCGAGUAACGAAAUUGCAAAGGGGAGUAAUGGCACUGUUGUUCUUGAAGGAAUGUACGAAGGUCGUAAGGUAGCUGUGAAACGUCUUGUGAGGGCCCACCAUGAUGUUGCGUUUAAAGAAAUUCAAAACCUUAUUGCUUCUGACCAACAUACGAAUAUUGUUCGUUGGCAUGGUGUGGAAUAUGAUCAGGACUUUGUUUAUCUUUCAUUGGAGCGUUGUGCUUGCAGCCUUUAUGAUUUGAUUCAAAUGUACACGGAUUCGUCUCAGAACGUUGGACCUACUAAAACGCGAAUGAUGGAUGAUGUCAUGCAUGGCGUUCGUUUAUGGAGAUCAAACGGAUAUCCUUCCCCUAUCUUGUUAAAGUUGAUGAGGGAUAUAGUAGCUGGCCUUGUACAUUUGCAUGAAUUAGGGAUUAUUCAUCGGGAUUUGAAGCCUCAUAAUGUGUUGAUAGUUAAAGAAAAAGUCCUAUGUGGCAAACUUUCUGAUAUGGGCAUAAGUAGACGUCUUGUUGGAGACAUGUCAUCAUUAGGACAUCAUGCUACAGGUUCCGGAAGUUCGGGAUGGCAAGCACCUGAACAACUUCUUCUCGGACGUCAAACUCGAGCCGUAGAUUUGUUUAGUUUAGGAUGUGUCCUGUUCUUCUGCAUUACAUGUGGCAGACACCCAUUUGGCGACCAUCUUGAACGCGAUGUCAACGUGGCCAAAAAUCGAGUCAAUCUUUUCUUGGUGGAACACAUUCCGGAAGCAGUGAACCUCUUCUCUCAGUUGUUAAACCCUAAUGCUGAACUCAGGCCAAAGGCAUCGGAGGUGUUACACCAUCCUCUGUUUUGGAAUUCUGAGAUACGCGUAUCUUUUUUGCGCGAUACGAGUGAUAGGGUGGAGUUGGAAGACCGGGAAGUCAAUUCCAUUAUUCUUGGAGCAUUAGAAAGCAAAGGUUCUAUAGCUUUGGGUGGAAAAUGGGAUGAAAAAAUGGAACCUGCAUUUAUUGCUAAUAUCGGGCGUUACAGACGUUAUAAGUACAACAGUGUUCGUGACUUGCUGCGUGUUAUUCGAAAUAAACUCAGUCAUUACAGGGAACUACCUUAUGAAAUUCAGGAAUUGUUGGGAUCUAUACCAGAAGGCUUUGAUGUGUAUUUUGCCAGUAGGUUUCCUAGACUGUUGAUGGAGGUAUACAUUGUUAUGUAUCAUUAUUGCAAGGAAGAAGAAUGGUUUCAUAAGUAUUUAGGAUAACUACUUAACUAAUGGGUUAUCAUAAUGUAUCCAUGUAAUAUAUAUUAUUUGUAAUAUAAUAAACAUCAAUAUUAUUGUUUAUAGAUCUUUGUGGUAUUUGAAGUAUAUAGUUUAUGUUCUUUAGUGAA